GUUUUUCGAUAAAUAUUUCAUAAUAAAUAAACUACAAGUAGCUGUUAAUACUUGUUAUUUUUAUUUUUAUUUUUUCUUUCGUCUAAUCCUGUUUAUAAUAUAAAAAGGAAAACAACUACUAUUUAUCAUUUAUUCACUUGUUAAUUAUGAGUGAAUUUUAUAUAAGACCAAUUGAAGAAACUGACAAAGAUGAAUGGUUAGAAUUAUGGUCUGGGAAACAUGGUUAUUUAGAAUUCUAUAAAACUAUUUUAUCACCAAAAACUAGUGAUGCCACUUUUAAGAGGUUUUUUGAUUCAGAUUAUACAAUGUGGUGUGCUGUCGCAAUCUCUAAACAAACACAAAAGUUGAUUGGUUUUACUACUUACUUGACUCAUUUAUCUACAUGGUCUGAAAACAACUAUAUGUAUUUAAAUGAUUUGUUUGUGAAAGAAGAUUGCAGGCUAAAGGGUGUUGGCAGAAAGUUAAUUGAAUUUGUUUAUCGACAGGCCGAAUUAAAAAAAUCAGAAAAGGUUUAUUGGUGUACUCAAACCUUCAACCACAGAGCACAAAUCUUAUACAAUAAAGUAGGAAUCUAUGAGAAUUUUGUUCAAUAUGCAAAAGAUCCAGAUUAUAAAAUUGAAGAAUGAAUGUGAUUUUAUCAAAUAUUUUUAAAAUUUUAGUAUAUAAUAAAUAUUCACAAGUUG